CCCUCCUGCCUGAAUAUCUCCCCCACUCUCUCUCUAUCAGCCUCAGUGUGUCUUCACCUCCCUCACCCGUCUCUCGGACAGUCUCUCCCUCCUCAGCUAGAAGCACCCAGUGUCAGUAAGUAAGAACCAGAAGUUUCCACUGUUGGUGUUUUCACAGUGUGAGUGCAGCUCUGAGGUGUGUUCAGGGACCUUUAAUGCAGACCGACGGCAGAAAUGUUUACAGUGAACUCUUUCAUCAGAGGCAUCGUAAAUGUCGUGAGCAACAUCGACCCCGCUCAGUUUAUUCCUUCAGACCCACCUCCACCUCGCAGACCCCUGAACUUCGCCGAGGCUCACGAGAGCGAUGAGGAGAAACAGUUUCGGAGGGUUUUCAAACAGCUGGCUGGAGAUGACAUGGAGGUGAGCCCCAACGAGCUCAUGAACAUCCUCAACAAGAUCAUCUCCAAACAUGGAAGUCUGAAGACCGACGGGUUCAGCAUCGAGUCCUGCAGGAGCAUGGUGGCUGUCAUGGACAGUGACAGCACAGGUAAACUGGGCUUCCACGAGUUCAAAUACCUCUGGAACAACAUCAAGAGAUGGCAGGGUAUCUAUAUAUCUCACGAUACCGAUCAAUCAGGUGUGAUCAGCGCUCAAGAGCUGCCGAGAGCCUUCAAGGCUGCAGGUUUCCCGCUCAACGACCAGCUCUUCAAGCUGAUUAUUCGUCGCUAUAGCGAUGAGCAUGGCGACAUGGACUUUGACAAUUUCGUGGGCUGCCUGGUUCGACUGGACGCCAUGUGCAGAGCCUUUAAGACCCUGGAUAAGGACAACAGUGGCACCAUCGAUCUGGACAUCAAGGAGUGGCUUCAGCUGACGAUGUAUUCAUGAGGCGACGGACGGGAAGAAGUUGCUCCUUCCAAACACAAAACUCUUCUACUCUUCUUUCAUCUCAUCCUCCUCAUUCCUCCACUCUGUGUGUGUGUGUGUGUGUGUGUGUGCGCCCCUCCGUCUCCAUGGUAACGGGACCAAAUACUGUCAGAAGAGAGCUAAAGAAGAGCUAACGUGGAGCUGAUGCUGCUGUGGCACCGUCACGCUGCUGCCAGGCGGCGGCGCUACAACAUCCCCCGGGUUACAGAUUUCUAGAUUUUCUUAUUGUUUGGGGGCAAAUUUAAAAACAAAAGUUGUUUAUUUUUAUCAUCAGGCUGUUUAUGGAAUUAACUCUGAAUGUUUAAGAGAAUAAAGACACACAGCUGACUGUUGGAUUUUCUGUUCUCAUCUGUAUUUUUCUGUUUAUUCCAAACAAUAAAGGCGACUUCUGAUGUUCUA